AGUUGUUUCUACUCCGAAUUGUCGCUAGUUAUUUGGUGGGAGGCGCUGUAGCCAUUUCGCCACUUUAAAGAGAGAAGGAGAACCAACAUCCGAGUUCUGGGGAAAAUAAAUUAUCCCGAAGCACUGCAUUCAGACAAACUACCCCCACCGCUGCGAAGGAGCAAGACUGAACGCAAACUUCGAACUCUCCAUGCAGAGCACGCGGAGAACAGACCAGGACCAUCUAACGGGCUUUUGAGAAUUUUUUUCGGUUUCCGUUUUUUCCUAUUUUAUUUACGGUGUAUGUGGAUCGAACAGUUUAUGAGAAUCUUGCUUGCUCUGCGGUGAGAAGAGAAGUUUGGCUGUUUUCUUAGUCGGAGGGAGACGCGGGAGGUUCGGGGAAAAAGUGGGGGAAGAUGGUUUGGAACGCCGCUUUGAGAAGAGGCUUGAUGUGCGUUCUGGCGCUCUGGCUCGGUUUUACGUCUGCCCCGUGCAAAGCUCGGAUUUACACUAACCAUUGGGCUGUACGGAUAAACGGGGGACCUGUGUUCGCUGAUCGGAUAGCAGACAAAUAUGGCUAUAAGAAUAUGGGACAGAUUGGCGACCUGAAGGACCACUAUCACUUCUUUCACAGCAGGACCAUCAAAAGGUCAACUCUCUCCAGUCGCGGUGGCCACAGCUUCAUCUCGAUGGAGUCCAAGGUGGAGUGGAUUCAGCAGCAGGUGGUAAAGAGGCGGAUCAAGAGGGAUUACAAGGCGGCCCCUCCCCCCCUCACCAGCCCCGCCCAGACCAGUCCCGCCCAGUCCAUAUUCUUCAAUGACGCCAAGUGGAGCAGUAUGUGGUACAUACACUGUAACGAUGACAUCCAUAACUGCCAGUCGGACAUGAAUAUAGUGGGGGCGUGGAAGAGGGGCUACACAGGGAAGGACGUGGUGAUCACCAUCCUAGACGACGGCAUCGAGAGGAACCACCCCGACCUCAUUCAGAACUACGACAACCAGGCCAGUUAUGAUGUCAACGGGAACGACAUGGACCCCAUGCCCCGUUAUGAUGCCAGCAACGAAAACAAGCAUGGAACUCGCUGUGCUGGGGAAGUGGCUGCAUCUGCUAACAACUCCCAUUGCACUGUGGGAAUCGCCUACAAUGCACGGAUAGGGGGGGUGCGGAUGCUGGACGGCGACGUGACGGACAUGGUUGAGGCCAAGUCUCUGAGUCUGCAGCCGCAGCAUAUUGACAUCUACAGUGCCAGCUGGGGUCCCGACGAUGACGGCAAGACGGUGGACGGCCCCGCCUCUCUGGCCAGGCAAGCCUUCGAGAACGGCAUCCGCAUGGGAAGGAAGGGGCGUGGCUCCAUUUUUGUGUGGGCGUCAGGGAACGGCGGGCGGAGCCGGGACCACUGCUCCUGUGAUGGCUACACCAACAGCAUCUACACCAUCUCCAUCUCCAGCACCGCUGAGAGCGGACGCAAGCCCUGGUACCUGGAGGAGUGCUCCUCCACCCUCACCACCACCUACAGCAGCGGAGAAAACUAUGACCGGAAGAUAAUCACCACAGAUCUGCGUCAGCGCUGCACCGACAGCCACACAGGGACCUCGGCCUCUGCUCCUAUGGCAGCUGGGAUCAUCGCGCUGGCCCUGGAGGCUAAUCCUCUGUUGUCGUGGAGGGAUGUUCAGCACAUCAUCGUCAAGACGUCUCGAGCCGGCCACCUCAAUGCCCCUGACUGGAAGACCAAUGCCGCUGGAUACAACGUCAGCCACCUGUAUGGCUUUGGUCUGAUGGACGCGGAGGCUAUGGUAAAGGAGGCGGAGCGAUGGAAGCAGGUCCCCGCCCAGCACAUCUGUGUGGAGAGUGCCGACCGCCAGAUCAGGACGAUCCGCCCGGAGCAUGUGGUGCGCUCUGUGUACAAGGCCACUGGCUGCAUUGACAACUCCAACCACCAUGUCAUCUACCUGGAGCACGUGGUCGUACGCAUCACCAUCACACACCCGCGCCGCGGUGACCUGUCAAUCAACCUCACGUCCCCCUCGGGAACCAAGUCCCAGCUGCUCGGCAACAGGUUGUUUGACCACUCCAUGGAGGGCUUUAAGAACUGGGAGUUCAUGACCACUCACUGCUGGGGGGAGAAAGCGGCCGGGGACUGGAUCCUGGAGAUCCAUGACUCCCCCUCGCAGCUCCGCAGCCAGAAAGUCCCAGGUAAGCUGAAGGAGUGGUCCCUGGUUCUAUAUGGCACCUCCGUGCACCCGUACUCCUCCCUGCGCAGCGACAAGCCCCGUUCGGCCGAGCCCCCUGCAGACGAAGAAUUCACUGAGGAGUACAAUGGGCUCUGUAACAGUGAGUGCAACGAGAACGGCUGUGAAGGCCCCGGACCUCACCAGUGCAUCAACUGCCUCCAUUACUUCCUCAAGUUCAAGAACAACACCAGGACGUGCGUGUCGGAGUGCCCAUCCGGGUUUUUCCGCGACGACAGGAAGCGCUGUAAGAAGUGUUCAUCUCUGUGUGAGAUGUGUGUUGGUAGCCGUAGCGACCAGUGCUCCACCUGCAGACCGGGCUUCCACCUUAACGAGGGCUCCAACAACUGUGUGGCCAGCUGUGUGGACGGCUUCUAUCUGGACCACGAUUCCAACAUGUGCAGGAGAUGCAACGAGAACUGCAAGAAGUGCACCACGUCUAAUAUCUGCACAGAAUGCAAACCAGGGAUGAGUCUUCAGGGGAAUAAAUGUCAGAUGACCUGUGACCCCGGGACCUACUAUAAUGGCCACAGGAGGACCUGCGAGCAGUGCCACCGAGCGUGUGCCACCUGUGCAGGCACGGGGAUGGAGGCGUGUAACAAGUGUGCAGAGGGCUACUUCUUGGAGGAGUGGCGCUGUGUGUCCACCUGCAGCGUGGGAUACUACAUGUCUGAACAGACCUCGGACAACGGCGACGUCAACAAGUCCUGCAGGAAAAUGUGGCGAUCGAUGGUAUCAAAAGCAGCACUAAGGUCUAGGAGCACGAGGACAGAUGCAGAGCCUCGGUCUGACGCUAUUAAAAGGUGUGACCACAGCUGCUAUGCCUGCACAGGGCCCGGUGAGACGAACUGCAGCACGUGUGUGAAUGGCUAUAACCUGGAGGCAGGAGUGUGUGUGGUCAGCACCAUCUGCAAAGAUGGUGAGUACCUGAGCAGGCAUGGGAAAUGCCACCUGUGUUACGCCACCUGCUAUAAGUGCGUAGGUCCUGAGAAGGAGGACUGCAUAAGCUGCCCAUCCAAUAGGUAUUUUGAAGAUGGGCAGUGUGUAAUCCGGUGCCAGGGGGGGCGCUAUGCCAUGGAGAGGCAGUGCCACCUGUGCCACCACACCUGCCAGGAGUGUGAUGAUGGAGGACCUGACAACUGCACAAGCUGUGACAAAGACAAGUUCCAGACAGACAGGUACUACUAUAGAGGGGAGUGUCGUGAAGUGUGUCCAGAGGGCUUCUUCCAUUCCUGGCGGAAGCGGUGUGAGGUGUGCUCCGUCAACUGCACUGUGUGCACCGACUUCGACCGCUGCCUCCACUGCAGUCCCCCCCACUACCUCCAAGACGGACUCUGUGUCCCGCUGGAGUGUGGCGAAGGUGAGGUGGAGGACCCAGAGUAUGAGGAUUGUCUGCACUGUGAGGAGGGCUGUAAGAAAUGUCUGCAGAAAAACCCCAAGCAAUGUGUCACCUGUGCAAAGGAGUACUACCAGUUGGGGCCUGAUUGCCACACGAGCUGCCCAGACAGGACCUACAGUGUUAUUGAUACCAUGACAUGUGCCAAGUGUGAAGACAGCCACUGUGCCAACUGUGAUCAGUCCCAGUGCUACUGGUGUGAGGAGGGCUUCUACGUCUCAGAUGGAGAGUGUGUGGAGCAGUGUAAGGAGGGGUUCUUUGUCGACGAGGAGAGUCAGGAAUGCGAACUGUGUCAUCGUCUGUGUCGGACGUGCGGCGGGCCCAACUAUGACGACUGUGACUCAUGUGAGGAUGACUUCACUCACAUGAACGGAGAGUGUGUGGACAACCACUCCGCUUCCUGCCCUGACAAACAUUUCCUCAACAGUCAGGGGGAAUGUGAGCAGUGCCACUCCAGCUGUAAGACAUGCACAGGCUCUGGGAGGGAACAGUGUAACACCUGUGACACAGAGCGCUUUCUGACGGCCCGCCAGGUGUGUGUGGCAAAGUGCCCGUCUGGUACUUUCGGCAAUGCCACGUCGGGCCACUGUGACGACUGUCUGCCAGGCUGUGUUCUGUGCCAGGAUGCCCAUCGGUGCCAGAGGUGCCGGACUGGACACACACACCUCUACCUGCAGGGCGACCAGUGUGUUCCCGAGUGCCAGAGGGGUUACCCUAAGGGGGGCGAGUGCCAGCCCUGUGCCCCAGAGUGUGCCUCCUGCUUGGGGAACGCCACCCACUGCCUGAGCUGUGAGACCCAGUACUUGCUCCUGGAGCACUCUUGCAGAGGGCACUGUCCCGACGGGCACUACCCCAAUGAGCGAGAGUGUCUACGCUGCCCACCCGACUGCAUAGAGUGUAGCCAGGACGGCCUGUGUAAGGAGUGUGAGGAAUACUACUUCCUACAUAAGGACCAGUGUGUAGAUGACUGCCCAGAGGGCUUCUUCCCCAGCGAGGAGCAGAAGGAGUGUGUGCGUUGUCACACCGACUGCGCAUCGUGUGACGGGCCUGACUCAGACGACUGUCAUAUGUGCAGGCACCCCGCGGCCGUGCGCUACAACGGGGAGUGCCUGUCCCAGUGUCCCUCAGACACUUACCACAACGUAGCCACCUCCGAGUGCCAGGACUGCGACAGGUCGUGUCACACCUGCUCAGGUCCCGAGCCCUCGUCCUGCCUCAGCUGUGGGCCCAACAUGCGAAAGGACACCAGUGGUCACUGUGUUUUCUACAGUCAGUGCUCCCUGCGCUCCUACAAAGAUGAGGAGGGCGACUGCCAGACCUGCCACUCCCUCUGCCACCGCUGCUCAGGGCCCACCAAGGAGCACUGUCUCAGCUGCAACCCACAGACCUUCCUGCUCAACAACACCUGUGUGAAUGAGUGUCCGGUGGGUUUCUAUGGUGAUGGGGACGAGCGUGUGUGCGAGCGAUGUCACUUCAGCUGUGUGUCGUGUGUGGGACGCCACAGUGUCCAGUGUGCAGCGUGUAAACCCAGCCUGUUCAAACAGGGACGCAGCUGUGUCGAGACCUGUGGUGACAGUCACUUCGGUAAUACCAUCACCUGGACGUGCGACCGGUGUGACCCGUUGUGUAGCAAGUGCAGGGGUAGGGGCAGUGGGGACUGCCUGAACUGCCGUGAUGGGUACCUCUACCUGAAGCAGUCGGGCCAAUGCCUCCAGACGUGCCCCACAAACUACUUCCCUGACACCAGAGCCAAAAUCUGCCGCAAGUGCCACCCCACCUGCAAGACCUGCGAAGAUGAGGGAGCCCUGUUCUGUAAGUCGUGCUUCGAGGGCUUCAGGUUUUUUGGAGGGAUAUGUGACUCUCCCUGUCUCGUAGGACUUUACGCUGCUUCAGCUAUUUGGGGCUCGGAUCCACAGUGUGAGAAGUGUGACCCGUCCUGUCUGGACUGUAAGGGUCCUGGUCAGUGGAACUGCACUGUGUGCCCAGCCAGCCAGCUCCUGGCUGACGACGGCCGCUGUCUGUCCUGUUGCGGCAACGAGACCAGACACGACGGCAGCCCCCUCCCCCGGGAGUGUUGUGACUGCCAGGCAUCACAAAUGGAGUGCGUCUUUGGGGUGAACUUUGUGUUCCUGGGCAUCGAGGAGCUGCCAGAGGGACAUCUCAAGGUCUUCAUCCUGGCUAUCGUGCUCCUGGUGUCAGCCCUGGGUGCCGCUGUCUUCCUGUUCCUCCACUUGCGCUCCAAAGCGGGCGCCGGUUUACCCCAGAUGAAGGCCAAUGGCUACAAGAAGCUGGAUGCCAAUGGGGGCUGGGCUGGGUCAGACUUAGACCCCACUACCUCCUUUGGCAACUACAGUGACCGCAUCAUUGAGGAUGACGAGGAGGAAGAGGAUGAUGAAGAUAUUGUGUAUAUGGGUCAGGAUGGUACAGUGUAUCGGAAGUUUAAGUAUGGACUCCUGGAGGAAGACGAGGACAUUGAGAUGGAUUAUGACGACGAGAGCUAUUCCUUCAGAUGAAGAGGAAUGUAAACACAACCAGAUACCCUCAGGCUGGCCCACUACUUUUAUACAAUAUUUAUUACCUUCUGUAGUAGUGAUGUAUCCCAAGAUGUUUACACACAAACACCUCUAAAAUGUUUACUGACCUCAAUAGUGAAGAUCUAAAUAUUUGGCACAGUAGUAUGACUUAAUAUGAGGGUCUUUGAGGGAAUUUCUUAAGUAAUGCAUUGUGAUUUUUGUCAGUCCUUAAAUUUGCGUCUAUGAAUCACAGAAUUUCCAACAUUUAUUUUAGACAUGCAGGUUGGUUUGACAUUUUAGUGUUUUUAUUUGGACUUCUAAGGGUUAGUUUGUUGUUUUAGUUCACAUUUGAAGUCCAAGCACUUUGUUAUCAAUAUUGUGAGACAAAUGAGACAGAGGCUGAUCGCAUCACUGAGAGAUUCAUCCAGUUUCACCCAUGCACUGCUAAAGGGACAGUAAGAUAGAUGUGAACAUAUUUUUAUGUAACUUAUUUUGAUUAUAGAAUUGGAGCUCAUAAAAAUACUUCAUCUCCCUGAGUUUUUGCAUCCCAUGCAUGUGAAAGAGUAGUGUUGAUUUAUAAUAAUCAGAAAGAUAAUUGUCUCUUUGUUGAGGUGAAUCAAUGUUUACUUGAAUAAAGUUGGAGUUACUGUGA